CAUACCACCGCAAGGAGCAGGCAUGGCUGAGUCCAAGCGGCAGCUCGUGGCCCAGCGGGUCCGGAGCUUCCCCGACUUCCCCAAGCCCGGCAUCCUCUUCCGGGACAUCAGUCCUUUGCUAAAGGACCCGGAUGCCUUCAGAGCUUCCAUUGAACUUUUGGCUGAUCACCUGAAAGAAAAUCACAAGACAAAGAUCGAUUAUAUUGCAGGUUUGGAUGCUCGGGGUUUCCUGUUUGGUCCCUCCCUGGCCCAGAAACUUGGAAUAGGGUUUGUGCUCAUUCGAAAAAGAGGGAAGCUUCCAGGGUCCACGGUAUCCACCAGUUACUCCCUGGAAUAUGGUCAGGCAGAGCUGGAGGUCCAGGAAGACGCCAUAGAGCCCGGCCAGAAGGUGGUGAUCGUGGAUGACCUGAUGGCCACUGGAGGUACCAUGGGGGCGGCCUGCAAGCUGCUGCAAAGUCUGAAGGCCGAAGUACUAGAGGGCCUGACCGUGGUGGAGCUGACGUCCCUGAAGGGGAGAGAGAAGCUGGCCCCUGUGCCUUUCUUCUCUUUGCUGCAGUAUGACUGAGGCUGGGCUGCCAUCGGCACCUUCCCCACAAGCUGGAGACCACAGACAGGUUUUCAUCUACACAGUUAGGAUCUGGCCUUGGACCUGGCUGCCAAGCGCCUCCAGCUGGACCAUUAUGCAAAUGGAAAUGUGAGCCAGCUCUCCUCCUCUGGGAGGGGCACUUCUUCAGACCAGCAGAAGGCUCCACAGGGCCUGCCAGUCUCCUAUCCGUGGCCUCUCACGCUCCUCACCUGAGGAAGGCAGCAGGUGCCCCACCGCCAUGUGCCAUUCGUCACUCCUGACUCCCCGCAAUGCCCUGCUUGGAGGGUAGAGACCAACUCCCAGAGAAGGACUCUGCCUUCUAGAGGGCACACCUGGCCAGUGCCUCUAUUCCAGGACUGCCUGUGUCCCAUCUGAGGACACUCUUGACCCUUAAGUCAGUACAAAUGGGAAGUCGCUUUGGGGUUUAGAACUUGGAAUACAAUUGAGCAAGUUAGUUUCCAGGCCAACCAACUCGGCGUAUACUUGGCAGAGGCAGACCUCUGCCCUAUACCAGCUGUGUGACCUUAACCUCUCUGCCCAGGUUGAGGGACGUCUCUAGAGUUCUUGACCCACAUGAGUUUGGGGGGAGGGGCCGUGGGGUAUCUUCUCUGACUGUCGUACAGUAAAAGCCACUGCUGCUUUACCAAAUUUCAGCUUCUGCUCCCCCGUCCGACUCCAACAGGUGCCACAACAGACCCCAGAGGCCUGGGCAGAUCAACGAACCUACUUAAGGCUUAAUUCUUGAUCUCUCUUUUUAUGUGUUUUCAUUCGUUUUCACUAUGUACAUGAGCUGUACAGUCUCUUGUAUCACAACCCAAGACUCCCUGCCUUGCUGAGGCACAAAGCACCUAGGCCCCAGAAGGACCAUUUUAUGUGAGGGAAGAACUGGCCAGUGGCCAGUUUUUGACAUGUGACAGAAUGAGACCGUGGGGCAGCAGCCUUCUCUCUGCCAAGAAGAAUCUUGCCUGAUGUUCAAUCUUAUCUGAUGAUUAAAUCAUUUAUUAAUAAA